CUAUCAUUCAUACCGCAGCAUGUCUCUGCCAGCUUGACUCCCUCUUUACCAUUACAGACUUUCCUCUUCCUCUUCUUCUUCCUCCUCUCUUUCUCUCUUUCCACUCUCAAACCCAUUCUCUCUCCGCCGCCGUCCACCAGAAAACAACCACCGAAGCGAGAGAAGGCAUGUCGUCGUCGGACGAGGAGGGAGGCGAGGAGUACCUGUUCAAGAUCGUCAUAAUCGGCGACUCUGCCGUCGGGAAGUCCAACCUCUUGUCCCGCUACGCGCGGAACGAGUUCAACCUCCACUCCAAGGCCACCAUUGGCGUCGAAUUCCAGACCCAGAGCAUGGAAAUCGACGGCAAGGAGGUCAAGGCCCAGAUUUGGGACACCGCCGGCCAGGAGAGGUUCCGCGCCGUCACCUCUGCUUACUACAGGGGCGCCGUCGGCGCGCUCGUCGUCUACGACAUCAGCCGCAAGACCACCUUCGAGAGCGUCGGACGCUGGCUGGACGAGCUCAAAAUGCAUUCUGAUACCACGGUGGCCAAAAUGCUUGUGGGCAAUAAAUGUGACUUGGACAACAUUAGAGAUGUGAGCAUUGAAGAUGGCAAGACCCUCGCAGAAGAAGAAGGCCUAUUCUUCAUGGAGACAUCUGCACUCGAUUCGACCAACGUUAAAAAGGCCUUCGAGAUCGUGAUCCGAGAGAUCUACAACAAUGUGAGCAGGAAGGUCCUGAACUCAGAUGCAUACAAGGCCGAAUUGUCCUUAAACAGGGUCACCAUAUCCAACGAUGGAAACGACGGAUCAAAGAAAUCUGGUGGCUUUGCAUCCUGCUGUUCCAGGUGA